ACUGCAACCAGCUCACUGCAACUACUGCAUUCUAUCAGCUUCUUCUGCAAAGCUAGUCGCCAUUUCUUUGCAGGACAUUUUCCAUCCAACAAUGAGGCAAUCGUUCUCGUUCAGCUCAUCCAUUUUUGUAGCUUUGCUACUAGUACUGGGUGUUGCCUCAAUAACCCCUCGAGCUGAUGCCCGAGCAUUUUUCAUUUUCGGUGACUCCCUAGUUGACAAUGGCAACAACAACUAUUUGCUCACCAGUGCCCGCGCCGAUGCACCGCCCUAUGGCAUUGACUAUCCGACUCACCGCCCGACUGGCCGUUUCUCAAAUGGCCUGAAUAUACCUGAUAUCAUUAGUGAGCGAAUGGGCAUGCAAUCCCCGUUGCCGUAUUUAGCUCCAGAGAAUACGGGGCAGCAGCUGCUUAAUGGUGCCAACUUUGCUUCUGCAGGAGUCGGAAUCCUUAAUGACACUGGCUUUCAAUUUAUGAACAUAAUCCGCAUUACCAAGCAGUUGGAGUAUUACCAACAAUUCCAGACCCGAGUGGGUAGCCUUAUUGGAGAAGCACAGACCACACAACUUAUUAAUCAAGGACUCGUUCUCAUCACUCUUGGUGGUAAUGAUUUCGUCAACAACUACUAUUUGGUGCCCUUUUCAGCACGAUCCCGCCAAUUUGCCCUGCCUGAUUACGUCCGCUAUCUCAUUUCCGAGUAUCGCAAAAUUCUGAUGAGGCUGUAUGAAUUGGGAUCCAGGAAGGUCAUUGUAACAGGUACAGGUCCAAUAGGUUGUGUACCAGCUGAAUUGGCCCAGAGAAGUAGAAAUGGUGAAUGCUCAGCUGAAUUGCAACAUGCUGCUUCUUUGUUCAACCCACAAUUGGCACAACUGAUAAGUGAUAUAAACAGUGAACUUGGAUCUAAUGUGUUUAUGGCUGCAAAUACCAUGGCAAUGCACAUGGACUUUGUCUCUAAUCCUCAGGCAUUUGGAUUUGUUACAUCAAAGAUAGCAUGUUGUGGACAAGGUCCAUACAAUGGCAUUGGCCUUUGCACACCCUUAUCCAACUUGUGCCCCAACAGAGACAUCUAUGCAUUCUGGGAUCCAUUCCAUCCCUCAGAGAGGGCCAACAGGAUCAUUGUUCAGCAGAUAUUCUCAGGCUCCCCCCAAUACAUGCAACCAAUGAAUCUCAGUGCUGCACUGGCAAUGGACACCAGCAGGACCUAAAACUGAAUUAUUACAAUGUUCUGUCUCCUGUGGUUUGUUUUGUUUAGUCAGAGCACCUGUGGCUGUGUAUGCUGUUUUUCUUUUCCUUUUUCUAUUUUUUACCAGUUACUAUAGUGGUAUAUCACAACAUUGGAGUGUAAUUUUGAAAAUUCUACAUUAAUGAAGUAAUAAAUUGAUAUAAAA